AUGGUUGGUCGAUUACUCUUUACUGUCGUUUUUCUCUCCUUCAUUUUAACGAUCUUAUCGUUUCAAUGUUAUGAAGGUUAUGGUAUGGAUUGUGUAAUUGAUGAUAAAAAUGAUUGUGGCGAAGGUACAAAAUGUGUAUGCAUCAAAUAUCGUUAUAAAUGUUCUUUCAUGGAUGCUGGUUGUGGCGCAGAAGACCGAGCCAAAGACGCAUUUAAAUGGGGAUUUACAGCAGCUCGUAAAGAAGAUUGUGAUGACAUGAAAAAACCGUCGUACGGUCUUUUCAAUGUUACAUGUUGUUCAACAACCAAAUGUAAUCGACCCACUGGAGAUCAAUGUCCAAUGGCUUUACCUUAG